GUUUCUCGGCUUGACUCACACUGCACAACAGGCAGGGCGUUGCCUGACUAUAAAACCUCUGUCUCUCUUAUUCCGACCUCUGAACAUUCCCAGCCUCUCAGCUGCAGACCGCGUCACAGCCCUGCACGCCUACACAUACUUCAGCAAUCAUGCCUUCAGAACUGGAAAGAGCCAUGGAGUCACUCAUCACGGUGUUCCACCGUUACGCCUCUAGGGACAGCAAGAGCGGCACACUCAGCCGGAGAGAGCUCAGAGAGUUGAUGGAGAACGAGCUGUCUAACUUCCUCAAGUCUCAGAAGGACCCUGCUGCAGUAGACAAAAUCAUGAAGGACCUGGACACCAACGGUGAUGGCCAGGUGGACUUUGAAGAGUUUGUUUCUCUGGUUGUUGGACUUUCCAUUGCCUGUGAGCAGUGCUAUCAGAUGCACUUGAAGAAGACGGGAAAGAUGUAAAAAGACAACAGUGGACCAGAAGAAACCAAAAUGCAGUCAAUUUUUUUGUAAAGAUAAUUUUGUCCAAUAAAAAGAUUGAAGAAAUUCCAA